AACGCGUCGUCUUAAGUUUAUUUUCUGAUACUAUUGAAGUAUCAUCGUGUGUGUUGCCUGUUGGUUGGGGUAUAAUAAGCGUAGGAGUCGUGUUGAGCGAUUGUACCGAAGAGAAAUCGACGUGAAUAGGAUUUCCUUCUAAGUACGCUGCUUUUAAGCGAUCUAUGCUGAUGCUAUCGUUUGUUCCGUUCUUAUCGACUAUAUAGUACUUAGAUUCUUGUGAAGAACUUUGAACAGUCCUUCGUAUGCUGAUUCGAAUGGUCGUCGAUGCGAGUCUCAACGAACGAAAACGUGUGUACUAUAUCGUAUGUUAGCUGACUCACUCGUCAUCAAAAGAAAAACUUUCUUUCUGUCUAGCGCUACUUUUGUACAUUUCGGUGCAUUUUAAUGCUCUAGGAAAUAAUUGCAACAAAACUUUACAUCUUUACUAUGUCUAAUGGGUAAUACCAUUGCUCCGAGGAUCGAGAACGCUGAGAAGACUGGUGUUUUACAAGUCAGUGGCUUAAAAUUAAAAAAGGUUCCUGAACAAGUAAAACACCUUCGUAAUCUUCGGAGUUUAGAUCUCUCAAAUAAUAAAAUUGAAAAUAUCGACCCAUGGAUAUCUUUAUUAAAAAAUCUUAAGGUUCUAAACGUUGAAAACAACAAAUUAAAAUGUUUUCCUGCAGAAAUAUAUCUACUAACAAAAUUAGAAUCAUUAAAUGGAAACAGUAAUUUCUUAAUUAAUUUUAUCACACCUGGAGCAAUUGUCAAUUUAAAUGAAUUAUCUUGUCUACGUACUGUAAAUUUGAGUCAUAAUUGUUUAACUGAAUUUCCUGUGGAACUGUGUUUAAAGUCAAUACCUAUCAAUGUGAUUGAUUUGUCAAAUAAUCAAAUUAGUAUUAUACCGAAUGCUAUUGCUUCAUUACAGGCCAUUGAAAUUAAUUUGAAUUCGAAUAAAAUAUCAAUUAUAUCCAAUGGCAUAGCCCAAUGUGAACGAUUGAAAGUUUUACGCUUAGAACAUAAUUGUUUACGAUUAGAAAAUUUCCCAACCGAACUACUAACAAAUUCACAAGUCUCCUUAAUAUGUGUCGAUGGGAAUUCAUUCAAUAUGAAAGAUUUUUACAAUUUGCCCGGUUAUUCAAAAUAUAUGGAACGUUUUACAGCAAUGAAGAAAAAAGCUGCUUAGAAAACAUACAAAAACGAAGACAAUUCUUUCUGGUGAAAAUCAAACACAACUGUUACCGUUAUCAUACUCUCUCUGACUGACUAUUUCUGCUAACUUUUCACAUAUUUAUAUAUGCAUGUGCGUGUAUUUGGCGAUUAUUAUUUCAUAAUCUUAUCACCCAAACAUCCACACACCCGUCCACUUGCCUACUUUUGAUUUCCUCUUCUUUUUUCUUUCUGUAACUUACUUUUUUCAGAAAGUAAAUAUUUACACACGGGUUGUUUAUACAGUGUAAAACCGUACAAUACUGAGUAAUAUAACUUGUUUAUUAA